AUGGAGGAAUUAACCAGUGUUUUAACUGCAGUUCUUCGAGGAAUUCAGCAGCAACCCCAACAAGCCGCAGCGGCGCCGGUGGUGCCAGCACCCUCUGCGCCAAUUAACAUUCCAGCUUUCGAUCCCUCAAAAAGCGAUGCGGGAGCGAUGGGUUGGUGCAAUGAUAUGGAGACCUUGGCGACCACGUUCAAGUGGACUGAUUUUGAACAGCUUUGCAGAGCCGCGGGUGCCCUGGAAGGUGACGCAAAGGAUUGGUAUGACAACUGGCACCCAUCAAAUAAAGUUUGGGCUAGUUUCCGGGCCGAGCUUUGUCAGCUUUAUCCUGCGAAGAGGAAUCUUAGUGAGCGGUUACGUAAAGCUAGUAUGUACAGAAGUGACCAAGCCACGGGAUAUUGUGAGUACGCAAGGAAAAAAAAUAUCUUUGUUAAACUCUCUAGAUUUUAA